UCCUUCGACCCCACCCUUUUGAUUUCUCUCAAGUCUCAACUUGAACAAAACUUCAUGCGACUUCAACAUUGAGAAAUUCAGAGAGAAUGCGUGGAAGAUGUGCAUUACAGACACUGUAACACAUAGCAGUCUUUCAGGAUAUCAUAACCUUUUCUUCUUUCAUUGAUGUGACUUGAACCCACAAUGAGCGCCAACGACAUCUAUGAGAUGGACUCCAUGACGGAGACAGAAGAGAUGGAGGGUGAAAUUGAAUUGGGCAUGAUAGAGGAGGAAGUAGUUUAUCCUGAGGAGUUUCUACCAACAUAUCACAGUAUUUCAGAAGGAACAGUAGUCGCCAAAGCACAACUGGCAGAGUUUAACAACAAACCCGACUCCUUAUUCUUCAACGAUGGCGUCAGGAGGAUCGACUUCAUCCUGGUCUAUGAAGACGAGGAUGAGAAGGAUUUUGAGAAGAGGCAUGUGUUCCAGAGGCACAAGCGACGACGAGAGUACUUUGAAGCCAGCCUGAUGAAGAUGGGAAUGGAACUGGAGGCAACACAAUCAGUCAUAGACCAAAAACUGAUGUUCUUAAAAGUCCACAUGCCGUGGGACGUGCUAUGCACCUACGCCGAGGUCCUGCACAUCAAGCUUCCCAUCCAGCCCAACGACCUCUCCUCCCGGCCCUCCCCGUGGCGCUACUUCUCCUUCAUCCUCAAACACUUCUACCCCAAUGAGAACCUGAUCAGCAAGGAGACCGAGUUCUUCACGGCCCCCUUCGAGAAAGACCGUGUGGAGUAUUUCCAUGUGAAGGACAAAGACUUGUUCUUCACUCCAUCCAUGAGGAGCAGGAUGGCGUAUUACAUCCUGAGUCGAGCACCUUACGAAAUACGAGGCAGCAUAAAGAAGUUUGGCAUCACCAAGUUGCUGGACGGUGGAGUUUACAAAGCUGCCUAUCCUCUCCAUGAUUGCAGGUUCAACGUCCAAUCAAAAGAGGAGGGCUGCCCCAACGAGAGAUAUCUGCUCUAUGAAGAAUGGGCCCAUCCCAAAAGCUUUUACAAGAUGCAACCAUUGGACCUCAUCAGGAAGUAUUACGGGGAGAAGAUUGGGAUUUACUUUGCCUGGUUGGGUUUCUACACAUUCAUGCUGGCUCUAGCGGCUGUGGUGGGUCUGGGUUGUUUUAUCUAUGGAUACAAGACUCAAGAAACCAGCACAUGGAGCAAAGAGGUGUGCGACCCUGAAAUUGGAGGAAAAAUUGUGAUGUGUCCGCAAUGUGACGGGGCAUGCAAAUACUGGAGAUUGAACAGCACAUGUGAAGCUUCCAAAAAACUUUGUAUAUUUGAUAACUUUGGAACGCUGGUAUUUGCAGUUUUCAUGUCAAUCUGGGUAACUUUGUUCCUGGAGUUUUGGAAGCGCUACCAGGCCGAGCUGGAGUACGAGUGGGACACUGUGGAGUUCCUGGAGCAGGAGGAGCCAUCUCGACCGGAGUAUGAAGCCAAGUCUAUCUAUGAGAGGAACAAUCCUGUCACAGGGGUCAAAGAAAAAGUGCCUUACACAGCCUGUGGACGAUGCUUUCGGUUGUCACUAGGAAUCGGGACCGUCUUAUUCUGGAUUCUGUUGAUCCUGGCGUCCAUAGUGGCCAUCAUUGUCUACCGCCUGGCUGCUUUUUUUACGUUCUCCUCCGAACUCCGACAUCAGGAGCUGGAGCCCCUGAAGGAGUAUGUGACGCCUCAGAUGGCCACUGCCGUCACAGCCUCCCUCAUCAGCUUCGUCGUUAUUAUGAUUCUCAAUAUUCUCUAUGAGCGGGUAGCCAUCUGGAUCACAGACUUUGAGCUGCCCCGCACCAAGACAGACUACGAAAACAGCUUGACUCUGAAGAUGUUCCUCUUUCAGUUCGUCAACUAUUACUCCUCCUGUUUCUACAUCGCCUUUGCCAAAGGGAAAGUGGUCGGCUAUCCUGGAGCGCCUGUUUAUCUCCUGGGAAAAUACCGGAACGAGGAGUGUGAUCCUGGUGGUUGCCUGAUUGAGUUGACAACACAGCUCUCCAUCAUCAUGGGAGGGAAAGCCAUCUGGAACAACAUCCAAGAGGUCUUGCUACCGUGGUUGAAGAAUUUGAUUUCCCGAUACUGCACCCGUGUUGACCCGGAGAAGGUGAUUCCUCUCUGGGAGGAAGACUACCGGCUCCAGCCCUUUUCAAAACUGGGACUCUUCUAUGAAUAUCUGGAGAUGGUGAUCCAGUUUGGCUUUGUGACCUUGUUCGUGGCCUCCUUCCCUCUCGCUCCGAUCCUCGCUCUGGUCAACAACUUGUUUGAGAUUCGGGUUGAUGCUUGGAAGAUCACCACUCAGUUUCGUCGCAUUAUGCCCGAGAAAGCCCAGGACAUCGGGGCAUGGCAGCCCAUUCUUCAAGGUGUUGCUAUACUUGCUGUUGCAACAAAUGCCAUGAUCAUUGCUUUUACAUCAGACAUGAUUCCUCGUUUAGUCUACUACUGGUCUUUCUCUGUGUAUCCAUACCGAGAUUACCGAAAUUACACCAUGGAGGGCUACAUCAACACAUCGCUGUCUACAUUCAACAUCAAAGAUUUCUCCAACUACAGCAGGCCCUUGAUCCCACAUGACAAUAUCACAACAUGCAGGUAUAGAGAUUUCCGGUACCCACCAGGGAAUCCCAGAGAGUAUGAGUUCACAGUCUACUACUGGCAUGUGAUCGCUGCCAAAAUGGCUUUUAUAAUUGUUGUGGAGCACAUUGUUUACCUUACAAAAUUCAUCCUGUCCUAUGUGAUCCCGGACGUCCCAUACGCUGUCAAAGAGCAGAUCAAACGAGAGAAAUACUUGACCCAGGUGAUCCUCCACGAGACCAACCUGAAGCUGGUAACCAAGCGCUUGAAACCAGCCAUAGACGAGAGUGGAGAGAAGGACACAGUCAUGGAGCUAAAGGACGAUUUGGAACUUUCUUUGGAUUUCUAAUUGUAGACGGAAACAUAAGGAACUAUUCAGGAUAGUCAACUGUAACACUGUAAAAACUUGACGACCCAGUGUUUUGCACAACAGACCUUUGUGUCUUUAAGAACUGACCAACAUGUUGGGAACCAGUGACUGAGUGUCUUGACUUCUGUUAUGGAGAAACGUGUGACAUAAUGCAAGAUAAAAGAUGUCCAAAGUGUAUUACGUAGAAAAAGAAAGGAGGAACCACUGCUGGUGAAACAUCCUUCUGUCUGCAGCCUGGUUUCGAUAUUAUAAAAAAACAGAAGCAGGGAUGUAAAAUCAGUGCCUCAGACAUGAGGACACUACUAUUUGUAGAGAGUGCAUGAAAAACAACAAACAAAACAUUCCAAAUCCAGGCUCCACAUACUUUUGUCCCUUGAAGGACCUCUCAGCAGUGAUGACCUGCAGCUCCACAAGUUGAGUUGGUAUAUUUCUGUUAAAGCAUUUAAUGGGUAUGUUUUUUCCAAACAGUCUUCCUGUUUUGAGAUGACCUUAGGUAACCUCUUAGCUCCGUUGUAUCACCACUGCACUCUCCUCAGCUUUCCCGUUGAGCUACCUGAGUUGUCAACAAGUGCCAGUGAGUCUCAAAUGAAAGCUGUCCCGAUGAAUCAGUAUUAUCAAAUACAAAGUCGCAGCACUUUUCCAUGCAAUGGAACUCUUCUAUCUCUGUUACCAAAGAGUUGUAUUGAUCUGUAAAUAAACAAGUCAGAAGUCUGAAAAGACAUUGAUGUUUUAUAAAAAGUUUGGUUUAGCUUUGAUUUUUGAUGAAAUGUAUGUAAUGUAUCCCUGUGAAGUGCUUCUGUUGAUGAUGAACUGUCUGUGCAUUGACCACAACAUGAGACUGCAUGUAACUUCCUGUGAUAGAGUCUUCUCCUGUGUCUGUGCUGAAAUUCAUACCGCUGCUGUAUUCUGGCCUAACAAUGGUUCUAUAACCACGUGUAUGUAAACAUUAUCCUAUACCAGCAAUAUCUAAAUCUAUUUCUGAUUUGUCUUUCAAUAUAUGGAAUUCAAAGCAUUUUUUAUAAAAAACUACUUCCAUUCCA